GAAUAACGGAAAUGGUUUGGGAAAUUCGGACGACAGCAUUCAUGAUUCGAGAUGAUAGCUAAUCUGAAAGUAGAACACUGUACAUGUUAGGUGUGAUAUUUUUGACAAAGCAGCAGCUUUGAGAUGAGCAUGCUUAUUUGUGGAAGAUUCGGGCCUCACUGUGAAAGAUAUGUCCAACAGGCACUGAGAAAGCACAGUCUACAGCAAUCACGGAACAUCGUAUCUAAAAAUCAUGCCUUAUUAAAGGCCUCAUCAUCUAGUCAGUCACCCAUAUUACUCAUCUCUGAAAGAGGGCUCUGGAGAUUCUAUCAUGCUUACAAAAAUAGAUCGUCCAGACACCUUCUGUCAUCCAGAGGCCACUUGUUGGUGCCUAGCAAUCGGCAUAAUAUUGUCACAUGGACCCGAAUAACCAAGGCCUUGAUUAGGCCCCGCAAUAUCAUCAUUACCGGGCUAGUUGGAACAAGCGCAGUCAUAAGUCAGAAAAUAGAAGCUGUCAGACAGCAGUUACCUGAUUUAGAAUGGAUGAAGGAAUACAUGCCAGAAUCUGAAGCAGUCAAAAACCUCAUGAAGAGCAUCCAAAGUGCAACCUCCAAGCUCAGCCUACCAGAAAAGGGCUUUAUUUCUAGCCACUUGCCCAAAGUAAAGGAUGCUGCUGUGGUUGAGGGAAUCAAAUCCUGGUGGGAGGAGAAUGCAGGGAAGAACAGUGCUGCUGUGUUGUCUGAAGGUGGCCGGGUCUUGUAUGCCAUAUCCCAAGAUACAGAUCAAAAAGGCACCACCCACAAGAACACGGUUCCUUUGCUGGGCUUUGGGAGGUCAGGGGCAACAGCAACCUCUAGUAAAAAGAAUCCAGAAAAGGAAAGACUGGAGCAGGUCCAGGACGAGAUGAUUCAAAUUCAGAUACGAUACCAAAAGGAAAUAGACAGAUUGAUAAAAGAAAAUAAAGAUCUGCGGAAAAGUUUAAUGUUGAAAGAGCCCAAAAGUGGACGUAAAAGAACAAUGAGGAAGAGCCUGAUAGACAUGUAUUCGGAUGUGCUUGAUGAGUUAGAACGCUACGAUUCCAGCUACAACACACAGGACAACCUACCCCGGGUUGUUGUUGUGGGAGACCAAAGUUCUGGAAAAACCAGUGUCUUGGAGAUGAUAGUACAAGCUCGUAUAUUUCCCAGGGGAUCUGGUGAGAUGAUGACAAGGUCGCCGGUCAAGGUCACCCUCAGUGAGGGUCCCUACCACAUUGCAUCAUUCAAAGACAGCUCCAGAGAAUUUGAUCUCACAAAGGAAAGUGAUCUUGCUGCACUGAGAAAAGAAGUGGAACUGAGAAUGAAAGCCAGUGUUGGUGAUGGAGAGACAGUGAGCCAAGAGUCAAUAUCCAUGACAGUGAAGGGCCCUGGACUCCAGCGAAUGGUACUUGUGGAUCUACCUGGUAUUAUCUCUACAGAAACUUCGGUGAUGGCCCCGGAGACCAAGAAUAACAUCCGCAAGAUGGUGAGGGGACACAUGGAAAACCCCAACGCGAUUAUUCUGUGUAUUCAGGACGGAGCUCUUGAUGCUGAGAGAAGUAACGUGACGGAUCUAGUCAGCCAGAUGGACCCCACAGGAAAACGCACAAUAUUUGUCCUCACCAAAGUCGACCUAGCCGAGUCCAAUCUGUACAACCCAGACAGGAUCAAAUCCAUAUUGGAAGGCAGACUGUUCCCGAUGAAGGCUCUAGGAUACUUCGCUGUGGUCACUGGAAGGGGUAACCAGAAUGACAGUAUUCAAGAAAUAAAAAAUUACGAGGAAAACUUCUUCAGGAAUUCCAAACUAUUCAAGGACGGUGUACUGAAGCCAACACAAAUGGGUACACAGAGUAUGAGCAUGGCUGUGUCAGAACUCUUUUGGAAAAUGGUACGAGAAACCGUGGAGCAACAGGCCGAUGCUUUCAAAGCAACAAGAUUUAAUUUGGAAACAGAAUGGAAAAAUACAUUCCCAAGACAAAGAGAAUUAGAUAGGGAGGAACUCUUUGAGAAAGCUAAGGGUGACAUCUUGGAUGAAAUCAUCAACCUUGGCCAGCUCACUCCAAAAGAAUGGGAGGAGGCAUUUUAUAACAAACUGUGGGAGAGGGCAUCUUCUUAUUUCUUUGAGAGCAUCUACCUCCCUGCUGCUCAAACCGAGAACUCUGGAAUUUUCAACACAACAGUGGACAUCAAACUGAAACAGUGGGCCGACAACAUGCUGCCCAAGAAAUGUGUAGAGGUUGGCUGGGACACGCUUCACGAUGAAUUCAUAAAAAUCGUAGAAAAAGAUAAGAAAAACAAGGGACAUGAUGAGAUCUUUGACCAGCUGAAGUUAGCGGUCAUUGAGGCCAGCAAGAACAAGCACCAGUGGGACAGUAAAGCAGAGGACAGUUUGAGGGUCAUUCAGGUGAACACCCUGGAGGACCGGUCUGUGACGGACAAACAGCAGUGGGACGCCGCCGUCAAAUUCAUGGAAGAGACGGUCAAAGGUCGUCUACACCAGACACAAGACAAGCUAAAAGAGCUGACUGGUCCAGGAAAGUGGGAGCAGUGGACCCACUGGAAGUCCAAGACUCAGGACCACAGAAACCGAGGGGCCACCAAAGGGGAGUUGGAGAAAAUCCUGUCUGCUGAAAAAGACCACAAGUCAAACCUGGCCACAGAUGAACUGACCACUGUCCGCAGAAACCUGCAGACCAGCGGAAUAGAAGUCACCAAUGACUUUAUAAGGGAAACUUGGUACCAUGUGUACAGACAGUUCUUCCUGACCAAGGCCCUGGGCCAGUGUCAGGAGUGUAGGAAGGGCUUCUACUACUACCAGAAAGGAUUCACAGACUCAGGGCUGGAGUGUAAUGAUGUUGUGCUCUUCUGGAGGUUACAGAGAAUGUUACAGAUUACCAGUAAUGCUCUACGACAACAAGUUGUAAAUAAUGAAGCAAGAAGGUUGGAGAGAAUAAUAAAGGAAGUUUUGGAUGAAUUUGGGGAAGAUCAGGACACUCUAGCCAAACUGCUGACUGGUCCUAGAGUUCAGUUGGCCGAGGAACUAAAAAAAGUCAGACAGAUUCAAGAGAAAUUAGAAGAAUUUAUCCAAGCUCUAAAUAAGGAGAAGUGAUGACAACUCACAACCUAGGAGGCAGAGGAGCACGUCUGUGAUUUUUAUUUGCAUUUUUGGGCAGAAACUCUGGAAAAAAAAAGAACCCAUUCAAACAGAACUUUUUCGGUUUCUUGUACGAGUUUGAUGUUUAGCUUGAAUACUUCUUUAUAUAUGUGGUGCAGAAAUGAUCAUUUUUCUAAUGAAUCUUGUAACUAGUGCUGAAAUUCCUUUGUUUAUAUAAUACAAAUAGGAAUUUAUUUACACGCAUGAUGCAGAAAUAACCUUGAUCAUUGUCUUUGUAUUGCUGAAUGUUAAUUAUUUUCGGCAGAAUUGUAUGAACUCUAUUUAUAUGAAAUGUCUACUAUUUGCAUCUACAUAUUGUACAUGUACUAUGUAUUUGUCAACAAGAUUGCACAGCAUUAUCGACAUCGUGUGCAAGAAAAAAAAACCAGAAUACAAGUUUUCUGAUGAUGCUGUUAUUUUAAUGACUUGUAUUAGUCACACAACAGCAUAUAAAAUUUGUGUGCGUUUUAUUUCCAUGGUAUAUAUAUGUUACAUUGAAAAAUAAAUGUGUUAAAAUAU